CUUAAGCAUGCAGACUUGAAGGGACAGGAGCACCGGUGACGAGCCUCGCACAACGAGUGUGUGUGAAUUGCAGACGAGUGUGUGUGAAUUGCAGACGAGUGUGUGUGAAUUGCAGACGAGUGUCUGUGAAUUGCAGACGAAGCUAUGCCAGUCAAGAUGCCCAGGUGCUUCAGUUUGCGAGCCGAUAUAGUCACAUGAGUGACGUGAUGUUUGCUUGUGUCAACGCUUCGACCACAUGUCAACAGCCUCGCCCGCACGUUCCAUUCCGUCCCGUCGUCGAUCGGACCUCCGCUCUCUCCGCAGACCCGACACCAACGACAGACAAUGCGAUGACGCCCUCGCUGCGGCGCCGCAACACCAGCGCCGAGAUCCAAUCGCACAAUCAUGACGACGCCGACGCAGCAUCCACGGCCGUCGCGGAUGCGGUCAUGGCCAGCGAAAUCGCCGAGAUCAAGCGCUACGAGGACUUCACGACCAUCGACUGGGUGCAGGAUGCGGCGCGCGAAUCGCUGCGGCGCAGGGCGCGGCGCAGGGCGCUGGCAGCGCCACACAGGCACACGGGCAGGGUGAUCCUCGGGCGCGGGCGCGGCAAGUGGCGGCGCAAGAUGGCCGAGGCGUACGAUGCGGGCCAGGCGUGGAUCGUGGUGACGCUCGUCGGGGCGGCCAUCGGGCUGAACGCCGCAAUGCUGAACAUCGUCACCGAGUGGCUGAGCGACAUCAAGCUGGGCUACUGCUCCACCGCCUUCUACCUCAACGAGAGCUUCUGCUGCUGGGGCGCCGAGGGCGGCUGUGCCGAGUGGAAGCGCUGGAGCCACGUGUGGCCCGUCAACUACGUGCUGUACAUGCUGUUUGCGGCGCUGUUCGCCCUCACGGCGGCGACGCUGGUCAAGAGCUUUGCGCCGUAUGCGGCCGGCAGCGGCAUCAGCGAGAUGAAGUGCAUCAUCGCGGGCUUUGUGAUGAAGGGCUUUCUGGGCGCGACGACGCUGUUCAUCAAGAGCAUUGGGUUGCCGCUGGCCAUUGCGAGCGGGCUCAGCGUCGGCAAGGAGGGGCCCAGCGUGCACUAUGCCGUGUGCACGGGGAACGUCAUCAGCCGCUUCUUCGACAAGUAUCGACGCAACGCCGCGAAGACGCGCGAGAUCCUGAGCGCGAGCGCGGCCGCCGGCGUCGGCGUUGCGUUUGGCAGCCCCAUUGGUGGCGUGCUGUUCAGUCUCGAGGAGAUGUGCAACCACUUCCCGCUCAAGACCAUGUGGAGGAGCUACUUCUGCGCGCUGGUGGCGACGGCGGUGCUGGCGGCCAUGAACCCCUUCCGCACCGGCCAGCUCGUCAUGUUCCAGGUCCGGUACGACCGCUCGUGGCACUUCUUCGAGGUCGUCUUCUACCUCGUCAUCGGCGCGUUUGGCGGGCUCUACGGCGCCUUCGUCAUCAAGUGGAACCUCAAGAUGCAGGUCUUCCGCAAGAGGUACCUGAGCGCGUACCCCGUCACCGAAGCCGUGGUCCUCGCCGUCGCGACAGCCGUCAUCUGCUACCCUAACAUGUUCCUGCGCAUCGACAUGACGGAGAGCAUGGAGAUCCUGUUCCAGGAGUGCGAGGGCGAACACGACUACAACCAGCUGUGCGACCGCGACCGGCGCUGGCAGAUGGUCGCCUCGCUCUUCAUCGCCUUCACGCUGCGCACACUGCUCGUCAUCAUCUCCUUCGGCUGCAAGGUGCCGGCCGGCAUCUUCGUGCCCAGCAUGGCCGUUGGCGCCGCCUUUGGCCGCAUGGUGGGCAUCCUCGUGGAGGCGCUGUACGAGUCGUUCCCCAGCUCGGCCUUCUUCAGCGCCUGCCUGCCGGACGAGCCGUGCAUCACGCCGGGGACGUACGCGUUCCUGGGCGCUGCGGCCACGCUAUCCGGCAUAAUGCACAUCACCGUGAGCGUGGUGGUCAUCAUGUUCGAAAUCACAGGAGCACUAACAUACAUCCUACCAACGAUGCUGGUCGUCGGCGUCACCAAGGCAGUCAGCGAGCGCUUCGGCCACGGCGGCAUCGCAGACCGCAUGAUCUACCUCAAUGGCUACCCGUUCCUCGACUCCAAGCACGACACGGCGUUCGGCGUCCCCGUCUCCACCGUCAUGGCCCGCGACGUCGUCUGCCUCCCUGCCACGGGCUGGACGCUGCGCCACCUCGAAGCCACGCUGCGCGACAACACAUUCCAAGGGUACCCCGUCGUGUCGGACCUCUCGACGCGCACGCUGCUCGGAUACAUCGGCCGCGUGGAGCUCCAGUACGCUUUGGACCGCGCGCGGAACGACACACGCGCCUCGUUGUCGGCGGGUGUUUCCUUCGCCCCAUCCCCAUCAUCCUCCUCCUCAUUACCCGAGACCGACACAAUCAACUUCGCCAAAUUCCUCGACCCCACACCCCUCACAGUCCACCCCCGCCUCCCGCUCGACACAGUCAUGCAGAUCUUCCACAAAAUGGGCCCGCGCGCCGUGCUGAUCGAGCACCGCGGCCGUCUCGCGGGUCUCGUUACGGUGAAGGACUGUCUCAGGUACGAGUUCCAGGCUGAGGCUACACAACACAACAGCGGCGGCGGGGGAGCCGAGGACGAAGAUGAGCGCAUGGAGGCGCUGUUUCGCGUUGUGAAAAGGGUUGCGGGGGGUGUCGACGCGGUGUGGCGGGGGGUGCUGGGGCGUGUUGGCUUGGGGCGUGGGCGUCGCACUGUGGCGGGGAGGGCGGAUGGUGGGGGGGGGGGGGGGGGGGGGGCGUUCGUGGCGGAGGGGGGCGGGGAGGAACUUGUAGAUCGUGGGCGGGCGGGCGUUGAUGGGUAG